CCUCAAAAUAUUCAUCACUCGAUCGAUCUCCUCACUUCACACACAAGCUCAAGCUCAAGCUCAAGCUAAGCUUAAGCUUAAGCUAAGCUUCACGCACCACGAUCUCGCGAACGCCAUGAGCGCCACCAUGGACGCGGUCAUGCCGGGCGCCGCCGGCGCGCACAACGCGACGGCGGCGGCGGCGGCGGGGCGGCGCGGCGGCGGCAUCGUCGCCGGGAUGAUGGCGUUACCGGAGGUGCAGACGGUGGAGCUGCUGGUGGCGGUGUCGAUCUUCGUGGCGAUCCACUCGCUGCGGCAGCGGCGGUCGCAGGGGCUCCCGUCGUGGCCGCUCGUCGGCAUGCUGCCGUCGCUGCUCCUCGGCCUCCGCGGCGACAUGUACGAGUGGCUCACCGGCGUCCUCGCGUCGCGCGGCGGCACGUUCACGUUCCAUGGGCCAUGGCUCACCAACCUCCACUGCGUCGUCACCUCCGACCCGAGGAACCUGGAGCACAUGCUCAAGACCAAGUUCGGGAGCUUCCCCAAGGGCCCCUACUUCCGCGACACAGUGCGCGACCUCCUCGGCGACGGCAUCUUCGGCGCCGACGACGAGGUGUGGCGGCGGCAGCGGAAGGCGGCGAGCCUCGAGUUCCACUCGGCCGAGUUCCGGGCGCUCACGGCGAGCUCGCUGGUGGAGCUCGUGCACCGGCGGCUGCUCCGGGUGCUCGGCGACGCGGAGGAGGCCGGCGACGCCGUCGACCUCCAGGACGUGCUCCUCCGCCUCACGUUCGACAACGUGUGCAUGAUCGCGUUCGGCGUCGACCCGGGCUGCCUCCGCCCGGGGCUCCCGGAGAUCCCGUUCGCCAAGGCGUUCGAGGACGCCACCGAGGCGACCAUCGUGCGGUUCGUCACGCCGACCGCCGUGUGGCGCGCCAUGCGCGCGCUCGGCGUCGGGCACGAGCGCGUGCUCCAGCGCUCGCUCGCCGGCGUCGACAGGUUCGCCUACGACGUCAUCCGCCAGCGCAAGGAGGAGGUCGCCGCCGGCGGCGGCGGCGGCGGCGGGGGGCGGUCCGACCUCCUCACCAUCUUCACCAAGAUGCGCGACGCCGACACCGGCGCCGCCGCCUACUCCGACAAGUUCCUCCGCGACAUCUGCGUCAACUUCAUCCUCGCCGGCCGCGACACCUCGUCGGUGGCGCUCGCCUGGUUCUUCUGGCUGCUCAACAAGAACCCCGCCGUCGAGGCCAAGAUCCUCGAGGAGAUCGACGACAUCGUCGCGGCGCGGAGGAGCUCGCCGCCGGCGCCGGCGGUGGCCGCGAACGGCGCCGACGAAGACGACCUCGUGUUCCACCCGGAGGAGGUGAAGAAAAUGGAGUACCUCCACGCCGCGCUUUCCGAGGCGCUCCGCCUCUACCCGUCCGUACCCGUAGACCACAAAGAGGUUGUGGAGGACGAGGUGUUCCCGGACGGGACGGUGCUGAAGAAGGGGACAAAGGUGAUCUAUGCCAUGUACACCAUGGGCAGGAUGGAGAGCAUCUGGGGGGAGGACUGCAGGGAGUACAAGCCGGAGAGGUGGCUCAGAGACGGCCGCUUCAUGGGCGAAUCGGCCUACAAGUUCACCGCCUUCAACGGCGGCCCUCGUCUGUGCCUCGGCAAGGACUUCGCCUACUACCAGAUGAAGUUUGCCGCGGCCUCCAUCCUCCGCCGUUACCACGUCCGCGUCGUCGACGGCCACCCAGUGGCGCCCAAGAUGGCGCUCACCAUGUACAUGAAGCAUGGGCUCAAGGUGAAGCUGACCAAGAGGGACAAGAGCAAGCUUUGAAACCAAGUUGUUAAACAGCUUUGGCAAUAAGGCUCAUGGUUUGGGGAAAAAAAAGUAUGGAGGACAUGAUGGAAGCAAUGGUGGCUUCCAGAUGUGGUCGGUGAAGCAGAUGAUGCGUGUGCACUGUGCAAAGCUUUCUUCUGCAUUUGUUUCUUCAUUUGAAGUUUGCUGUUAUGUACUAGUAUUUGAUCUGUUUCCUUUUUGUCCAAAUAGCAAUAUGUACUGUAGCCAAGUGUGGUGCCUAUAGAAUUUAAUGUAUAUGCGUGUGAGGAAUACUUUAAGAUGAUAUUACUAAUAA